AUGACGUUCCUCCGCGAGUCCCCUCGAUCUGCAUCUCGAGUCCACCACGCAUUCGUCUCAAAAGUGGAAGAUGCAAUCGCCGCCGCCAUUGAGGAGCGUGCCCAGGAAUUCGACGCCCGGAAGAAUGAGAGGGUAUCCAUGACUCUACGAAGAACGUCCAAGGGGGGAAGCACUGAGCUGUGUUUGAUCAAAGCCAUGUGUAUCGUGGAUCAGCCGCCGGUGGAAACAUUCGCAACUCCAGAUGCCACCUUCUUCCACGAAGAAACUACGCACGAUAGUCCCGGCAUCGUUGUCGAAGUCAAGAGCCGAUGGUGGCCGAAAAAUCUCGCAUCUCUGGCGGAAGCGUAUACAAUCGGCAGCAUGGGGAGAAUUAAUUGUGUGAUUGGAUUUGAUAUCAGUACUGGCCAAGGCAAACUGGCGACAGUGAGCAUAUGGCGGCCCGACCUGGACGAGACGGGUACGCUCACUUGCUCUAACAAUGCCGAUGCCGUUAUGUUUCGAGACGCCACAGGAGACGACCAAAUCGGCGGGUCAUUGGAAAUCCUUCUAGAGGAUUUGCUCGUGGAUGAUGCUCGAGACCGAAUAGAUCCUUGUGAUAUCAGGAAGCCGAUAUCUCUUGACUUUCAUUUUCUUGCGAAACUUCUGGAUGAGUCAGAGGGCAAGCCAGUAGAUGCGAGAUCCCAAAAGCAAAAGGACAUGUAUCCCGGAGAGUACGACAAGCGCAAACAUUGGAAAUAUCUGAGUGAUAUAUGGAGGCGAGCAAAAUGA